AUGCAAGAAGGAGGACAUAUUUCCAAGCCAGGCUUUGCAAGCCUCCUUCUUGGCUCGGAUGACAUCCUUAAAAUCUUCAUUGAAUCAAGGGGUCCUCCUGUUACGCGGCGCCACAACGAAACGCUUCGCCUACUGCAUUUAUCUACUGAUUUGAACAGUCUACACUCUGAUUCAACGUCCUUAGUUUGUUCAUAUGAUGAUGACGAUGAUGAUGAUCGCGGAGGUGCUGGCGAUGGUAGUGCCGACGGUUCUAGUGUGGAUGAUAAUGAUGACGGUGAUGACGACUAUGUAGAUGAUGAAGGCGUCGAAGACAAGGCUAAUGAUAAUGACGCAGAUGAUGAAGACGUUGAUAAUGUUGAGGAUGGCGGUGGUGAUCGUGACGACGACGACGAUGUUAAAGAAAAUGAUGAUGAUGGUUAUGGGUCGGAGGAAGAGAUUCACACUGACUGUUUUGAAGUCCACAGUUUGAGUUUAGAAAGAUUUAGCUACUAUUUCUCACUGGUUGAGAGACCACAUGGAAGCCCACUUGUUUUGCUCAUUUUCUGUCAGAAUCCUGCUUCACAUCAGUUAUUGUCGACCUCAAAAAAUUUUAGAAACUUCGAGAACAUCGAGAAAACGUGA